GUCUGUUUAUUACCAUAGUGCUUGUGUUGUAUUUUCAAGAUUUUUCUGACUAUAGCAAGAUAUGAAAACUCUUAUCAGAAUAACAAAUAAGCAUUUCGUGUUGGUAUAGCGUCCAAGGUCAUUGUUCCAGUCGGGUAAUAUUGGGUUAGUGUGAAGAGGUUUGGAAUUUCCAUUGGCGCAGACACCGGAGUCGAUCGAAGUUUUUUUUUUUUUUGUUGCAAAAUUUUCUUUGGGCCUCGAAAACUUUUUGAAUAACCUUCCUAGAGAUCACUUUGACCAACAUGGCCAAAAUGAAGGGCAACCAAGUCCAUCACAACCCAUUUUUGAAAAACGACCGACCAACUACGAACGGAAAGAUACAUAAAGUCAAAAAUCAGUCGACAAAACCAGCUGCACCCGCCGCUGCGACUCCUCCUAAGGACAACCGAGUACUAUUCGACCGCAAGCUCUUGUCACCUUCUUGGAAAACCAAUAGAAGAAUUGGACCGGGACUGGUCAACGUUGGAAAUACAUGUUUCCUCAAUUCGACUUUGCAGUGUCUAACCUAUACCCCGACUUUUGCCGAAUACCUACUUGACCGUCUUCACUCCAAGAACUGCAAAGUUAGAGAUUUCUGUGCAAUGUGCGCUCUCCAGGACCAUGUCCAGCGAUGUUUGAUGGGAGAUAAAACCGGUCAGACUGGCGGCGUCAUCUCACCGCGCAAUAUUACUGGCAAAUUACGAGCCAUUUCAAGUCAUAUGAGACUUGGCCGUCAAGAAGAUUCUCAUGAAUUUUUGCGACAUUUGAUGCAAGCAGCUCAAAAGUCAUGUUUGGCAGGUCUUGGAAAACUCCCGCACAAUGUCCAAGAGACCACAGCAGUGCACCAAAUCUUUGGUGGUUACCUCCGAUCGCAAGUUCGCUGCAUGAAAUGCAAAGCCGAGUCAAAUACGUAUGAUCCUUGCCUCGACAUAAGUGUAGAUAUUAACACCAGCACCAACCUACAAAAGGCAUUGAAAGAUUUCAUCAAAGUGGAUCAUAUCGGUGGUCGAGACAACAAAUACAAGUGUUCGGCUUGCCAUAGUCUUGUCGAUGCUGAAAAACAAAUGACGGUGCACCGUGCUCCAAUGGCACUCACUGUCCACCUUAAACGGUUUACGUACAACUGGCGACGAGGAGGAAUGGAUAAGGUUUCAAAACAUAUUGAGUUUCCUGAACGUCUCGACUUAUCACCCUAUAUGAGCCAAGAUACCCGGAAAACAGCACAGCCUUACCACUUGUAUGGCGUCUUGGUCCAUAUGGGCGGAGGCUGCCAUUCAGGCCAUUACUAUGCGUAUGUAAAGAAUGCGAAUGGAAAAUGGUAUUGCAUGGAUGAUGACGAUGUCCGGCCAGUCUCUAUUCAGACCGUCAUGCGAGAACGAGCAUACAUGUUGUUCUAUACCCAAGAGCAAGGGGUAGAUGCCAACAUAGGAAACAAGAAACGCAAGACUGAAGAUGCCGGAAGAAAUGAAGAGAACUCGGUAUCUGAGCAAAAGCCAAAGCGAGCGAAAUCAGAGGAUGCCGUCGUAGCCAAGCCAGCAGAGCCCCCAAUACCAUCCAUCACCGUGACGCCAACGACGACACCACCUAAAGAAAAGCCCGUCGAGGCCAACAUAUUGAAUGGCGUGGCUGGAUUAUGGGUCAUCCGGUCGGUCCACGUACCACGGAAAUCGCUUCGCGGCAACGUAUCGCCUGCCACGGUCUCUUCUGCUCUCAGCCAUGGAAACCGCUGGACGGUGCGACCCCUUGACGAAUCCACUCCACCACCUGUCAACCGUUUGUUGCAACGAAACUCCUCAAAUGUCAGCACCGAUAGUAGCGGUAGCGAUGAGGUCAAUCGAGACAAUAUUCAUAUCAGUCAAUGGCAGGUGCGACCACGCGGCAACUCCCGAUAAUUUAAAAAAGUUGAAGGUGCUGGAGUUUCAGAAAACAACAUAUAAUAAAAAUACACUGGACAAAUGGCAAUAGAUAAUGAUUUUAAAGAAAUAGUGUUCUCGAGGUAUGGUGAUGUUGGGCUCUAUGGGUUGGUAUCGGAGAAAAUCAUGGACCUUGCUCCAUGAUAGACGGUUAUUAAGGUUGGGUUUAAUGGCGGUAGAAGGUGCUAAAAAUCAAAGCAAGUCAGUCAGGGAAACCUACGAGAAAUCCAGCAUCGUCG